AUACGAACGACAACCAGUUCCCUGUGUUUUUCACUAAUUGAUCCUCUUCUUCUGCCAGAUCUAAAUCAGUUUGCUGGUGUGGAUAUUGAUAAUACUUCCCCUACCACUUCUUUUCAGCAUCAUGCUAGCUUAACUCUGGCAAAGGCGAUUAGUAGUAAUACAAUUGAUAAAGUGUGGAGAGACACACAACAAGGUCAAACGGUGAGAAAUCUCGACAGCAUGAACGAUCAAGAGAGAAAGCCAACUCUUGGCGAGACAACUUUGGAGGACUACUUGGUGAAAGCUGGGCUUUUCGGUGCUGAUGCUUCUUUAGGACAUACAAUGUCAUUGGAUAAUCCUACGGCAGUGCAAAAUUUUGUGCCUCAGAUAGGCUUGUCACCAUCUCCUUCGAUUGAUGCGCUGUCGGAUACACCGGUCUCUGGUCGGAAGAGGGAUGCUUCGGACUUCGAUAAGACUCUUGAUAGGAGACUAAGGAGAAAGAUCAAGAAUAGAGAGUCAGCUGCACGCUCUCGAGCCAGAAAACAGGCUUACCAGAAUGAGCUCGUGAACAAGGUCUCACAUCUGGAAGAGGAGAACAUGAAGCUUAAGAAAGAGAAGGAGCUAGAGAAGAUGUUAUCCGAGUUGUCAUCUGAACCAAGAUACCAGCUCAGACGAACGAGUUCAAUCUGAUGAGAGUGCUUUCUCUAGUUAUUUAGCAGAAGUUACUGUAGUUUUGAUAGGCAUAGGAUUGUGUAUCCUCUAUGACAGUUCUUUGAAGUUGGAGAUAGGCCUUAGCUUGUUUGCUUCUGCUGGUGAUGUGCUUUGCUUCCCGCCCAUAACUUAGUUUUUUGUUUGUUUGUUUAUAUGUAUAUGUUAUGGAUAUUAUUUAGAAAUACUGAUAAUGAAAUGGACAGGAAAAUGGACUCUACAUUAGGUUACACUUUUAAAA